CCAGGCAUUACCCUUGAGUAACUGAGACACUAAUAAGCUUCAUCUUUAUUGUAUCACGACGGGUCGAAGUUUACCACGACUUCACUGCCUGUCCGUGUUAUAACGAAAACUCGUCUAUCGUCUAUCGUCGAUUGUGUUUUUGGUGUAACUGUUCGCCUGUCUGCAAACCACCCCGCGCUUCACAGGAGAAAUAACUAGCCGUGGUUAUUGGUGCGUGGUCGCUAUUUAAAUCAUUUCUAUACGGCUGCUACCACUGGAGAAAAAUGGCCGAGCAGGCUGAGCAGAAACCCUCGGAAACUACGAGGAAUGUGAUUAUUGCCAUGGACGGCAGCGAGUUCGCAGAUUACGCCCUCGACUGGUACUGCCAGAAUAUCCGGAAGCCAGGUGACCACGUGGUCCUGGUGCACUGUCCGGAACUGAACGAUAUGCUGCAUGCUCAGAGCUGGAACAAUUCCGUUUACGUCUUUGAUCGAGGCGUCCUGGAAAAUAUGAUCCAAGAGGAACAGAAACGGAUACAGAGAGAUUUGGAGAGGUUUGCAGAAAAACUUAAACAUCAUGGUCUCGGUGGCAAGGUGAAGAGUGUAAUGGCGUCCAAGCCAGGGGAGGGAAUCAUCAAGGCAUGCGCAGACGAGAAGGGUCACCUGAUCGUCACGGGGACGCGCGGCAUGGGCACCGUGAGGAGGACGUUCAUGGGCAGCGUCAGCGACUACCUCGUGCACCACUCCCACGUGCCCGUCCUCGUGUGUCGGAAAGUCGACUACCACCAAUAAUAGACAGACACACCUAGCGUUUAGUUACCGUACACAGUUACCGUGUCGUUGGACACAGUUACCGUGUCGUUGGACACAGUUACCGUGUCGUUGGACACAGUUGCUGUGUCGUUCUACAUAUUUACCGUGUCGCUGGACACAUUUACCGUAUCAUAAACAGACUACACUCAAGGCUUAAACAGAUCCUAUCUCUCACAAGUACGGGGGUAUUGGUAUGCGUUCUUACAUGGUGUAAUAUUGGCGGUAUUGGUGUAAGUUCUUGUAUCUAGGUUCUUGAAGGUGUAAUAAUAGUUUUAUUUUAUACGUUUUUACAAGGUGUAAUAUCGGAGGUAUUGGUGUAAGGUCUUAUAAAGGUUCUUGAAGGUGUAAUACUAAAGGGAUAUUUGUAGACGUUCUUACAAGGUAACAAAAUGCAAGUAUUGAUGUAAGUUCUUAUAUACGUUCUCAAAAGUGCAAUAAUAAAGGGGUAUGGUAUAUGUUCUUACGAGAUGUAUUAAUGAAGGUAUUGGUAUAAGUACUUAUAAAACGUCAUUUUAACUCUGUCUUUAACGGAGAUACGAUUUUGGGGCAAUGGUUUGUGUCGUUCAGAAGUACAUCUUCAAAUGAUUGUAGAUACAAUAAUAGAGUUAUGGGUAAAAUGCAGGCGUAGGCAAAAAUCGUUUACUCUCUCUCUCUCUUUCUCUCUCUCUCUCUCUCUCUCUCUCUCUCUCUCUCUCUCUCUCUCUCUCUCUCUCUCUCUCUCUCACGCAUUCGUCCAUUUUGUAGAUUAAUAUACCGCCCCCACCCCACCCUACCCCACUCACCCCACCCCACCCCCGCAUUCGUAUUUUAAAGACACUGUUCUGAAUUUGUUUGAUAUUGUAUAGACGUUCCCGACUGGAGCCUUUUAACGAUCGUAAUUACAUAAAAAGAUUUUCUUUUUGUUUAGAAAUCCACUGUCUGUAUAACUAAUGUGUGUCGAACCGUCCUAGUGUUUGUUGUUGCUCAAACUUAAUUUUAAUUCUGAAGAUACAUAUUUUUUGGACAUAGAAAAUUAUUGGUUGUAAAAUGCAAUUUGGGCUACUAUAAACAUUGGGAUCAUCAGAAAAAGAUAUUGAAUAUGCAGACGCUGAUAUUCUAAACACGAAAAUGUAUUGUGUAUAUAAUGUUAUUCGUUUAUAAAGGCUCUAUACGGUAUGUUACAAUGAAAUAGUCUCUUUAAUCAUAGAGAGCGGGUAAAGCGCUAUACGGUAUGUUACAGUGAAAUAGUCUCUUUAAUCAUAGAGGGCGGGUAAAGUCCUAUACGGUAUGUUACAAUGAAAUAGUCUCUUUAAUCAUAGAGGGCGGGUAAAGCUGUAUACGGUAUGUUACAAUGAAAUAGUCUCUUUAAUCAUAGAGGGCGGGUAAAGCGCUCGCCUCAUGGUCUAGGAUCGAUCCGCUCCAGUGGGCCCAUUGGGCUAUUUAACGUUCCAGCCAGUACACCACGACUAGUAUGUCUGUGAAAUGAUGCAUGUAAACGAUCCUUUGCUACUAAUAUGGAACAGGUAGCGAGUUUCCUCUCUAUGACUAUGUAAACAUUACCAAUUAUUAUCUUGUGGGAUCGUUACACAAAACGAACACAAAUACAAUCUCUUUAAGUAUGGCCUCUUGCCUUAUUGCAGUGAUAAUAAGAAAGUUAUGAGUGUCUAUAGACUACUGAGAGUAAGAUGUAACUGAACUAAUGGAGGUGAGAGUCUUUGUUUAAGUCUUGAGUGUCGUAGUUACACCUACAGUUGAGAGUUAGUGAGGUAAAACCGGGCUGUAGAGAACUAUGCACGUGGACGAUUUAGAAUUUUAUUAUGCAUUCUAUAUAGAUUAUAUAAUAUAUAUAUAUAUAUAUAUAUAUAUAUAUAUAUCUUGAUAUUUUAUCAGUUACAACUAUAUAUGUGAUAUAUUAUAUUUUAAAGCUUUCCUGUUAACAAUGGUUGUGUAAUCAGCUUUUUUAUUAUAUAGGAUUCUACUUGUCAGUGAGUGUUUUCUCUCUAUAUAAUAUAUAUAUAUAUAUAUAUAUAUAUAUAUAUAUAUAUAUAUAUAUAUAUAUAUAUAUAUAUAUAUAUGUGUGUGUGUGUGUGUGUGUCCCUUGUGAAUAAAAGUCCAUUAGGUUCAGUAUGUGUUUCCAGCUAUUCCAGACAUUAACAUAUAUAGAAAGAGUUUGUGAUUUCUUUUUUGUAUGUUUCAUGACCGUUAUGCACUGGCGUAGCCAGAAGGUGGGAAUAUGGGAGUUCUAUUCCCCAAGUCAUACCUCUGUUUUCCCACCACCAACUCAUAGACAGUGUGGUUGGUCCGUUACCCCCACCUCACUCAGUAUAUAAUCGUGGUUACGCCAAUGAUUUUGUACUUGUAACUUUUAAAUGUGGUUACGUCACUCGUUCCAAGGGUAAAUCUAUCGAGUGCUGGUGUUUGUAAAGUAGCCUGUUUGUGAAAACGUAUUAUGUCCUGAUUUUAUUAAAUUAUAAAUUCAUAUAAGCUUCUAGUGGAUUAUCUCUCUUUCAUUCCAGUCGUCACCUGCUUGAUAACCAAUUUUCAAAAACAAAAAUGAGGUAGAUCUAUCUAACUGAAUCACGCACCCCCCACCCCCCACCCCCAACCACCCACACCCGAGCACAUCAUUUUGACGUCAGCUACGCAUCUGAUUAUGUUUUCUAUCUGUGUUCUAUUUCUAUUGUAGUUUCGCUUUAUUUACGAAUUAAAAAAAUUCUGUAGUCAUAACACUUCCAAGUAGAUCCACUGAGCCCUCAAGCAUGUAUGUGUGCUCUAGUGGUUUCGUUAAACAAUACACAUUUAGAAUUUUCAACACGACAACGAAAAUAAAACAAAACAAAGUAAGCAAAUAAACCAAAGACAAACAAGAAAUCCGAGGUAAAUAUCUCCGUUCAAACAUCUUUACCCCCGAGGUGUUGAGGUACAAAUUAUUGCGAAAGCGAUUAAAUGUUUCACUGUUAUAUUUCAUCCUUCAUGUCUGUAGUUGAAACAUUUCGUAAUACAUUUGUUAUUACAUGUACACUACGUAUAAUGAGGUGUUGCUACUGGCAACAGUUGUCAGCUGGUGUAUUUAAUUAUCUCAGCUGGUAGUCCCGAAUGUCCCUUGUUCCAAUGACCUCAGAUGCAUGCCUGUUACACAAUACAUACGUUCACAACACAGCGCUAUUCUCCGCAUGUUCAUCAAAUGGGUCUAAAUACCUCGUUUGGCAGGUAUUGUGUUGCAUGAUUGCUCAAUUUCACGUACAAUAAUCUUAAGAAUGUUUUGUUUCUAUAAAUUGAUUGUUAACUUAAUACUUAGAUUGUUUAUUGAAGAUUUCAUUUUGUAUUUUCCAAUUAUAAUUGUGAUACAGUUUUAAAUCCAUAAAAAAAUGUUUACGGUAAGUAAAGCUAGUACGUCUGGAUUUUGACCUUGAUAACUAUUGAUACGAAUAAUAUCUACACUUCUAAGUUUUAUGUUUUACUCUUCUCUUUGCUAAUUGUUUUUUUUUUUUUUUUGGUUGUUGUUUUUUGGGGGGGUUGUGUUUUGGGUUUUUUGGGGGGGGGUUUGUAACGCGUUUUAGCUUAUCUGUGUUUCAUGUAAAUCUAUCCCCACCCGAUGGAGUACCGAUACACGGGUACAAGAUUACAUUCCAUGCAGCUAUCCUAAAAAGCUAAAGCUAUUCGGCUUACGAACGAUAUUAAUUACAGCCUUAUGUCCAUCAUCAAUUCCUUUAAGCCAACCUAAUGGAAAUAUUUUUCCGGAAUUUCCCCCCACACACAUCACCAUAAACGGAUAGUCAAUAAAUGAGAUAUUUCAACAUAAAUUCUCAGUGGUGAAUAUCUCUCUCUCUCUCUCUCUCUCUCUCUCUCUCUCUCUCUCUCUCUCUCUCUCUCUCUCUCUCUCUCUCUCUCUCUCUCUCUCUCUCUCUCUCAAUUUCAUGUUAUUCCAUCCUCUACUGACACGUCAUACGGUAUACUUACAUUUAACCUGCUUGCUAUUUCGCCUCUUUGUCUUCCAAAUAUGCAGAAAAGUGUUAACCACGACUUUAUUAUACACAAAGUAAACCACAAAAACAAAUAUAGCUCAAAUUGUUUUUGUUUUGUUGUUAUACUUAUUCAUACCUGUAGCACCGUACUUUGAAUAACAUGAUUUACAGUACAGUUCUGUAGAGAUAACGUUGGUGUAACUGGUAAAAUCCAAUUAAUUUGCAUUUCGUUAUAUUCAUUUGGUAGUAUUUUCAAUAACCACGUGUACAAAGGUGUAUUUUAAACCUUAUAAACAUGACUGGAAUGUGUUGUUACGCAAGGAAAUGAAAAUAGUUUACUUAUUCCAUCGGAUGCAUUGUAACUGUUGAAGCAAGGAACCGGAAAUAUCGGAUUGACACACGUGUUGUUAAUAUAUGACUGUAACGAAUUUUUUUAUUAUUAUUGAAUUGUACUGUUAUUUAGAUCCAAGCAUUUAGUACAUGAUUAUGGUGGUAAAUAAAACAGUUGGUUUCCACAAAGUGGGUUUAUAUUUAUCUUUCUAAUAUGAAAUAAAGUAUCUUCAAAUAUGA